AUGUUUUUUUUUCUCUCGUACGAUGCGAUAAGAACUUCGAAAACUGUGGUGAGUAAUUUAUCAACAUUAAAGGCAGCUCAUUAUGGAAAUCAUGUAUCUCCACUUAAACCUCAAACAAUGAGCUUCAUUUAUGUUGAAUUAUUUUGUCUUUGGUGGGGGUGGAAACAAAAGUUAAUAGAGAAAAAAGUAACAAAUUUUCUCUGA